AUGGAAUGCGUCAGGAAGGAAGAGCCCAAGUACAAGUUGGUGAAACUCAUCGGCAAGGGCACCUUUGGGAAAGUCUACUACGCUAUUGACCUGUGCACGCAGGAACCCGUCGCGAUUAAGCGAUCCCCCAAGUGGAGGAACAAAGUCUCGAGGGAAGUCGACCUGCUACAGAAGAUGCAGCACAGCGAAAACAUAGUAAAUUUAAAAUCCAUUUUUUACACCACGACGGAGAAGGGCUUUCGUAUACAGAACAUUGUCUUCAAGUACAUGACGUACAGCCUGGGCAAGUAUAUCCGAUGUAAGAAGCAGGAAAGGAAGGAAAACAACCAAAUAUGCAAAGGGAUCAAGCACCUACACGAGCACAAUUUAGCUCACAGGGAUUUGAAGCCAGACAACAUUUUGAUCGAUACUGGCUCAUCACCCUUUAAAGUAGAAAUAUGUGAUUUGGGAUCAGCCAAAAAAGUUGAACAAAACAUCAUCUCGAUUCCAUACAUAUGCUCGAGAUGGUACCGGGCCCCUGAGCUGCUAUGCGGCUCCAUGUAUUACACGACGGAUGUAGAUCUAUGGUCCCUGGGGUGUAUAAUUUUCGAGCUGAUAAAUCUCUGUCCCCUGUUCCCCGGGAAGUUCAAAAAAGACGACAUAUCCGAAGAAUGCUCACAAAUUAUAAAUUUAAUUGAAGUGAGUUUUUACGAAAGUAUAAAGGCCCAAACUAGUAACAGGAACAUUCGCCUCAUUAAGGAACUGUGCGGACUGAACAUUCGGCCCCUGUCCUGGAGCUCCAUCCUGGGAGGCAUAUUGGAGGAAAGUGAACGGGAACUAAUCGGCAUCAUAGAUGGCCUUUUAAAAUGGAAUCCAAAUGAAAGAUUAAAAAUUGACGCAGUUUUGAGUAACCCUUACUUUGCUACAUGA